UCUUCUAUAAGAUCAUUCUCUUUAUUCUCUUCAUUCUCUUCAUUCUCUCAUCUUAUCAUAAAAAGCACCAAAACUUUCUUCCUUCAGAUCUUCUGCAUCCUUAAUUCCUUCACUAAUUAACCUCUUAGAGAGAGAGAGAGAGAGAGAGAGAGAGAGAGAGAGAUUAAUAUGGCUUCCACGUCCCAAGCCAUGAUCAAUAACCAGGGCUUGUUUGAGGAUGAUCAAGAAGCUCCAGUUACUCAAAUGGGUUUCUUUUCUUUUCCUUCAAACAUGGCUCAUCCGCAACUUUCUCCAUUGGGAUGCCUCAAAAACUUCUCUAUACCUUGUUCAACUAAUAAUAAUAUUAGUACUAAUAUUAAUCUCUCUGAAACCCUAAUUUCAUCUCUCAGUACUACAUCUACUACUACUUCUAGCCCUUCUAAGCAUAUGAGAGAAGAUCACUUCACGGCUUCUGACCAUUUUGGAGGACCCCAGCUCCUUUCCUUGCAAAGAUCAACCGCAAAUCUCUGGUCAUGGGGAGAGGUGAACGAGUGCAUGGGGAACAAGCUGCGAUCGGGCGGUGGCUUUAAUGGCGGCGAAGAUCAUGAUGAUCAUGAUCACCAUCACCAUCUAGGAGUUUCAGCCAUGAAGAUGAAGAAGAUAAAAGGAAGAAGGAAGGUGAGAGAACCAAGGUUUUGCUUCAAGACCAUGAGCGAGGUUGAUGUUCUUGAUGACGGUUACAAGUGGAGGAAGUACGGACAGAAAGUGGUAAAGAACACACAGCAUCCCAGGAGCUACUACCGCUGCACGCAGGAUAACUGUCGCGUGAAGAAACGAGUAGAGCGAUUGGCCGAGGAUCCGAGGAUGGUGAUCACGACAUACGAGGGGAGACACGUUCACUCUCCGUCCCAUGAUCUUGAAGACUCGCAAGCUCCAUCUCUUUUGAACAACUUCUUCUGGUAGUAUAAUUGCUAUAUAUGUAUGUAUACAUCAUGAUAUACAUAUAUAUUUGCUUUUAUAGUCCUGCACUGAGGUUGUGUAUGAGAGCCCCAUCUAUUUGCUCGUGUGUAUUUUAACAGUGUUGGGAUAAAGAACGGAAUAACAAAAUCAUGUGAUUGGAAUCGCCAUGGCUCUCUCCUUGGGCCUUAUAACAGGCUCCUGAUCAUAUUAAACAGUAAUAUUGAUAAGUUUGUCUCUAAAAUUUUGUUUACCAAUCAAUAUGACAUCUUUUAA